CAAAUACGUGGCAGCAAUGCUCCCGGUCAACAAUAGAUCUCCGCUCAGUCCACGUUCGAACGUGAUAAUGUUUCAUUGUUCAGCCUAAGUUAGUGUUCGUUAUGGUAUUAUCUAAGUGUUUUAUCUCCGUUACGGAAUAAACCAAACAAAAGGUCGGUUCUGAGGCUGGAAAAUGCCCAGAAACCCAUGGCUCAUCUACAGACACAGUCCCCUUCUAGCAACAGCUGCGCAAGCAGCGCAGUGUCGGUGGUUUCUGAGCGUACCAAGGCGAUAAGAGACCAGUACUACUUCGAGCGUCGACUACUGUUCUUCUGCACGAUCCUUGUGGGCGUCGCCAUCAUCGUCUGGGCGAUUUCAAUUUCCACGAACUUUUGGUUCAUCAUCGACGGUGGUGAUGGCAUCUGGAUCAACGAGACCAAGCGAUAUUUUCUCAAGAGUCACUCUGGGCUCUUCAAACUUUGCCGAAUGGCAAAGACUAAUGCAUCUUCUAACGCUGUAACCACACCGCCCCCAGCUGUUCUCGAAGGGGAUGAGGUGACCACACAAGUCCUGAACGGCACGGGUGCAGUGCAUCAGGUCGUCAAGAUGUACAGAAGAUGCAAAUACCAUGAUGUGUUUCCCAGUGAAGCUAAGGUCAAAGGAGACCCAAUGCUGGACAUGGCCAUACUCAAUUACACUCGUACAGAGAUUAUGUUCUCAAUCAUCAGCCUCUGUGUCAUGAUCAUGGGUCUAUUUUUCUCCAUCUAUACCUUCAACAAUCCCAGAUACACCUUCAAGAGACUGGCUGGAGGUAUUCACUUUAUUUCAGCUCUGUCGGUAUUUGUGGUGAUAGAAAUACUCAUGCAGAGCAUAGACUACGAGAAGGAAUUCCUGCCUGUGGUGCACCCUCCCAAUGCUACCCACUACUAUGGCUACAGCUAUAUGUUGGCCUGGACAGUGUUUCUGAUGAAUCUUACAGCAGGAUGCUCUUUCAUGUGGUAUUCAAAGAAGAGAAAGGGCGACAAAGCCCCAAAUGAAGAAGUGGCAAUGGCAGAUGAACCAACAAUUAUAGGCCGGUGAUGCUGCUCUCUACGUUCUUCUCACCCCAUAAGCCGAAGACUUGAGUCUUUCAUUUCUACUUCUGCCUUCUUCUCCAUAUUUAUUACACAAUUGUGAUUGUUAUUCAACUGAUUUAUGUUUUCAACUUUUCUCCCAAUUUUUGAUUCAGUCAAUUGACAAGUAAUAUUUUAAGCUUUAUUGAACACAUAUUUUAAAUUAUACUUUGAAUACUUUUAUGGUGAUAAAAA